AUGGCGCCCCCAAGAGUUAUUCACCACGAUACCUCCAUCGUUCAUACUCCCGAAUAUGAGGAUUUUAUCGCAAAACUUAGAGUCUAUCAUGAAAAGAGAGGCACGCAUUUCGAUCCUGAACCACGAGUUGGAACUAAGACAAUCGACCUCUUGCACCUUUACAAUACUGUAAUUGAGCGCGGUGGCUACGAUAAAGUUAGCGAUGAAAAACUUGCCUGGAGAAAGCUUGGUUCAGAUUUCAACUUGGGAGCUAAUAAUUUACCUGCGCUGGCAUUUAGUCUCAAAACAACAUAUUACAAAUACCUCGCCGCAUAUGAAAUCUCAACAUACCAUGGCAAGGUACCACCUCCCCGUGAAAUCCUGGAAGACACCACCGCUAAAGGAGGGGGGCUUCUUUUCCGGACGAUGGAGAAUUUCAGACCCUCGAUUCGCAGAGAGACGGGCAUGCUUGGUACUGAGAAUUCGGAGGCUUCUGGUGACGAUGGCACACCUGUGCGCGAUAGAAAUGGAAGUGAAGAGACACCUGGCUCUGGGGGCAGAAUGACUCGAGGUCUACGACAAGCACCUCCACAGCGGGUGUUAUUUCAACCCGAUACCCAACCAUCUCGACAAGUUCGACAACAUCCCUCCGCGACUUCUCAUCCUCCACCGACUCCACAGCACCACUUACCUCAACACCAAACACCCUCCCACUCGCAUCAACAUCAUAUGCCACGAGUUGGUGGUCCCUUCUCACACAACCCUUCCUCUGGUACCGAAAAUAUGUCUCUCGCAGUUACGAAUUACGAACCUCGACUCCAGAUGCCAUUGACGCUGCGUCCUAUAAUUACACCUGGAAAUAACCCCGUCGAGUUUGUGCGACGCCAAAAGGCAUUGAAAGAUGCAGCUGCGGCCGCAGAAGGUGCUAAAGCUAAUGCAAUUCCAAGGGGGAUGAUGUUACCCGGCAGUAAGUUUUCUAAUGUUUCCUCUGAGAUUGUUAUUCCGUCUCAAGAGUGGGUACUAAUGAUUCGCGAAGCUGGUUUUGAUGGACCUAACAUUUACGUUCGUUGCCUCUGUUCUCUAAGAUCAGGCAUCAAAGAUGAGCAAGAUUACGCUCUACACCAUCUGGUUAAAAUUUCCAUGGAACGUGGUGACAAAUACAAAUUCGAAGGAUUUCCAGGUCUUGCCGAAGCUCUGAUUGAGAAGAUGCUCGAAGUCAGUUCAUUGUUUUACGAUGUUCACUGGCAGAUAUCCUACACAGAAGAUGGCGACAUGAUAUCUACCACUGACACAAUCAACGGUUUGGAAGGCACACCAGACAUACUGGAAAGAAUCAAACAUUUAGCUAAGCUACCAGUUGAUGACAAUAUUCUAACCGAAGAAUUCAGUGAUACUCUUCUUCAGAUCAACGAGGCAGCAUUAACAAUGAGAAACAUGGUAAUGUUAGAGGAAAACGCCUUCUACGUAUCUGAAAUUGCACCUCUACGAGAUUUUCUCACCAUUGCCUUGAACCUCCCCAAUUCCGACGCCAUUGUAGAGUUAAAACACUACGCUUUAGACAUCGCCGAACAGCUUACCAAGUAUCUUCACUUUGAGGUCGGAGAUCCCCUAUACCUUUCACUCCUCGCACAAUUGGAUUCACACGACCGAGGCGCUAUCCUGACUUCCCUGAGAGCUAUCAGCAGAAUAUCAAUGAAUCUUGAGGAGAACAAUCUCCUUAAGGGUGUGCCAGCAUCCGCUGUGCAAAACAUUAUUGAUUGGACCUUGCUAAAUGACGAAGACCUUGCCCAUGCUUGUUUGGAUUUCCUCUAUCAGUACACCGCGGUUGUUGAAAAUGUGGAUUACCUUAUCACAGAGGUAAAAGCAGAGCCACUGGUCAAACAGUUGACACGGCUCCUCAUGCAUGGCGCUCGCAUCAUAGAAAAAGAGUUUAACCUUGGAACUCAGUACAGAAAGCCUGCACCUUCAGAGAUUGCGCCCAUUCCACAAGAUUUACUACUCGAAAUUGCCAAGUUUGAUGAACCAGAGCGCAGUUCACGCUGGCUGCGUUGCCUCUACGAAGAAGAUCCCGAUGAGUCCAUCACGCAAAUUGCCUUGUGGCACGCCUAUCAACAACAAUUUAAUUACUUGGCCACACAAACAUCAAAACCACUUCUUCCCGCUGCAGAUUUUAUCAAGAAUGUAAGCACGACCUUUGGCGACAAAGCAAAUGCACAAGUUCAAAACGGCCCCGUAACAAAAUUCAUCAUCAAAGGCAUUCGAUGCCGCAGUGAGCCAGUAGACCUACAAGGAGAGGCAUACACCAAAUGCUUAUGGCGCACUCAUCUCGGAAAGCCAUGCGGAGAAUUCUACAUGACUCCUGAAGCAGGUUAUCAACAUAUUCUCAAGACUCAUCUUGGCGCCCAACUUAAUGCGGACAAUAAAUACGUCAAUUCGGCCUCAAAUCAACAAUAUGUUUGCGCAUGGGAUACAUGUUCUCGCUUCCGCUCCUCUCCUGCCACCAAACUCUCAGAAGCUGCUACUCACAUCAAAGUUCAUCUCCCUCCUAAGCGUACCCCUGCUAGCGAACGUGAAUCACAAGAACCUUCAGGUCCUCCGCCAGCUAAGAAACACAAACCAUCAUACAUCGUCCAGCCACCUCGUAUAAGCUUCAAAUACCACUUCACAGCUGUCGAUGAGCAUAAUGAUGCAGCCGGUAUUCCACUUAGUGCAGUACUCGUUCUCCGAAACUUGGCAAGGAAUGUCAGUAAGACUGAAGCAGAAGAGGCGGCUCUCAAGGAGGGUGAAGUUUCCUGGGUUGAUCGGUUGUUUAAGCCGGUGGAACCGAGAUUAUUUGCUAUCUAUGCGCAUAAUAAGAUUUUGGCAACUUAUAUGACAGAUCUUCUCAUCGCAAUCAAGGAUACGCAGGGUUGA